AUGUCAUUAGGUCAACUUGUCACUGAUUUCAAUAAUGAACAAAAACAUAUUCUUUCAACACUCGCGGGGACCGAUGAAGUUGGCCAGUUCGUGAAGGUGGAUGAGAACGUCACCGAAACGAUGCAAUCGAUGUGUAACCAGAUCAAUGCCAUUGUAGCAAAAUUAAAACAGAAUACUUCGAUGCCCACUCCGUGCAAUGAUAGGAAUCAGUCUUCUGCGCAAUCAUUGAUUUUACCAAGAAUUGAGAUUCCUAAAUUUGAUGGUCCAGCGUUAACAAUAGUAAAAGCAGUGCCACUUACAGUUGACAAUUAUUAUUCUAUUGCUUGGAACGCGCUUAAAAAUCGAUAUGACAAUAAACGCUUAUUGGUCACUGCCCACAUUGAAAAAUUAUUUACAUUCGCGCCGUUAACAAAGGAAUCCCCUGCAUCACUUUCAUUAUUCGUCAACACCUUUCGGGAAAAUGUAUCAGCUGUACAAGCUCUUGGAGUCGGAGACUUGGCUGGUUUUAUACUGUUCUACAUUGGUUCACACGUUAUUGAUCCCAUGACACGACGAUUAUUUGAGGCUACUGUUGCGAAAAAUGAAAUACCUGAUUUGAACUCAUUAUUAGAGUUCGCAUCACAACGAUGUAACGUUUUGGAAAACGUUGGCAGCAGUUUGAGCAUUAAUUGUGUGGAAAAUAAUGAAAAGACCGUAGGGAAGACAACUACUAAGAAGAUCCAGGGCAAGAGGUCUGAGAAGACAUCGUUAGCCGCGGUUGCCCCCACCAAGUCAAAAAAGUGUUUGUUUUGUGGACACCCACAUGCAAUUUACAAGUGUUUUGGAUUCCGAAAACUAGCAAUUACCAGUCGUCGUGAUUUUGUCAAUAAAAAUCAAUUAUGUUUUAUUUGUUUGAAUAGUGGGCAUAUGAGCAAUGCGUGUCCUACGUCUUUUACGUGUCGUACGUGUUCGAGUAAGCAUAGUACAUUACUACAUUUGACAGAUGAUACUACAAAAUCGAGCACCGAUAAGACAAAUGACAACUCCGAACGAGCCACCACAAGUUGUAAUGCAACACAGUUUUCGGGAGUUACACAUACUGAAACCACUGUUUUGUUGGGUACUGUUGUAGUCAGGGUUUGGGACAAUACAGGAGUUCUACAAGAAGUCAGGGCAGUAUUAGACAGUGGGUCGCAGGUGUCUGCAAUGACAGUGGAUUGUGUCAACCGGUUAGGUUUGACCCGUAGGAAGUUUCCUGUUGAGGUCAUCGGACUUUCCAAACAACCGGUCAAUACUGUUAAAGGUCAAACUAAUUUUAAUUUUUUUUCUGUACAAUCCGACGUUCCAGUGUUUCAAGUAACAAAUGUCAUAGUUUUACCUCGAAUUAUGUCAUCAAUGCCUAACAGGGUUUUGCCAGCUGAGAUACGAGAUUGCUAUCGGCAUCUUGUCUUUGCCGACCCCCGAUUUGAUCACCCGGUGCCAGUAGAUAUGUUGAUUGGAGAAGACUUAUAUCCGUCCGUCAUUCAAUCUAGAGCUGACGUUAUACAUACCGAGGGCUUACCAUCAGCGAUGAAUACAUUAGGUUGGGUCAUAAUUGGCGCGUUACAAAAAAAUAAUACACAUACUCUUCUUACAUCCCUGUCAAUUAGUACAACCUCUCCGAUUGAAGAGUUGAUGCCACUUGGGCUUGCUACGAUGAAAUGUAACUGA